CAAGUCAUUGGUUGUAUGAGAAAUACCAAAAUAAAAAUCUUGGUACACAACCUCUUGUCAAUUUAUCUGCAUUAAAUGCAGUUUAUUCUUCACUUCAUGCUACUAAAAAAAUAAUAUAUAAGAAAAAGAUAUAUGCAGAAACUAUCGAAAUUGCUCAUAAAGCAAUCAAUAUUGCUAUUAAAAUAGAUGAUCCUGACAUGCUUAGAUUUUUAAAGAAAUAUAUUACUCAAAAAGAAUAUUCACUUGUUGAAAAUACAACUAGCAUAUAUAUACUUAAAGAACAAUCUAAGUCUAAUAUUCCUGAAAUCUUAUCUGUCAGAUUAUUUGUUAAGAAUACAACUAGUAUAAAUAUACUUAAGGAAAAUUCCAAGUCUAAUAUCUCUGAAACCUUAUCUAUUAGAUAUGCAAAGAAUGGAAAGAAGGUUCAUGACACAUUAAUUAUUUGUCAAUUUUGUGGUGGUAGUAGGUAUAAAAAAAAAGAAUUGCACAACUAUGAUUUUGUUAAGAUUAAUGAUGAAAAUAAAUGGGUAGAGUCUA